GCGGGUACCACCGAAUGGAGUCCACCGCAAAGAAAAGACCGCAUUUACCACUGCGAUCGCCAUCAGGCUGUUUGUGUUGAAUCCGAUUUGCGUGAGGUCGCAUUCGGCAGCGCGAAGAACGCGGAUUUAAUUUUAUUGUUUUAUUAUUUUUGAUCGGGUGCGUGUUUUGGUUUUUCUUUUUUUCGGGUGGCCCAUGGGGUCAAUAAUACCUUUAUUUGUCUGACCAGAAAUUUUUGUGUGUGGAUUAUUGCUGGAUUUUUCGACUUGCCGGAGAAAGCUGUUGCUGCAGCACCAAUAACUCUGUCUCCUGAAGUGAAAACAAUCAUCGAGAUGCGAGAAGAACCAUGAUGAAUGGUACCAUAGUUUAAUGAGAUUUUCAUACUUAAAUGUAACGGUCUCGCGAAGUGAUAAUUGAAAGCAAACAUUAUUAUUCAGUGAAUUUAAGUGACCGAAAACAAAAGGACUAAUUGUCUUGAAUGCGUUCAAGUGUAAGUGAAUGAAAAACAUGACAAUAUCCGCAAUGGAUUCUAAUAAGAACCAUCGGAGGAGUUCUUGGGAUUCCAAGAUGUCUAUCAGUACUGUCGGCACCAACAGCAGACGACAUAGAAAAUCACCCAGUUCCAUUAUAUCUUCGGAUUCGGACAUAAGAUUUACAAGAGGAAAGCUAACAUCACAAACGAGAUGCGGAUGUUGUAUUAUAGCCAUUUUUCUGUGCUUUCUACUAUUGGCGGCCGCAUCUGUAUAUGUAGGAUAUACAUAUUUUCUACCAGAAUACCCAGGAGACCAAAUCUACAGGGCCACCUUCAAAGUAAUCGACGGCGACGUGUUUUCUACAGAACUAGCAGACCCAAGUACAAAUAAAUUUAAGAAAAUUUCAAAAGACUACAAAGAAAGACUGAAUUUAUUGUUUCGUAGAAGCCCGGUGAAGCAUGGGUACAGAGGGACGGAAGUUUUAGCAUUGGAUGGGACGGAAAAUAAAGACUUAAUAGUUUACUUUGACAUAAAAAUCGAUCCCACUUAUGUUGAAAUUAAAGCAGAAGACCUAGAAGCAAUUUUAUCCAACGAAAUUUCCGUAGAAGAAUCUUUGUUCUUUAAAAAUCUGACCAUAGACGUUAACAGUUUAGAAGUGAAACCAAGUGACGACUUACCCCAAACGAUGACAACCACAUUGCCAACAACAGCAAUGUCAGACGCGGUCGUUACUCACUCUCCUUACGUGCCUAGAAAAUGUGCCCCGCUCAAUUUGAGAUAUUGCAACAAUUUGAACUACAACGUAACGACUUAUCCUAAUUAUCUAGGACACAGGAGCAUAAAGGAAGUUAGAGAAAAUGUUAUAUCUUUUAGAGAACUUGUUGAUGGUGAAUGCUACAGGCAUGCCUACGAUUUCAUAUGUCAGCUUUUACAACCAGGUUGCAAAAAGGGCGAUUAUGAGGACGAAGUAAUUUUGCCUUGUAGAAGUUUCUGUAGGGAAUUUAUGGCUGGGUGCGGCAGCAGGUUAACUGAAAAAUUCAAAGGACUUAUUGACUGCAAUAAAUUUCCAGAGUUUAGUAGUGGAGAGACGUGUUACUCGAAACCAGGCUGUGUCGAAGAACUUAAAGCCAAAGCUUUCUCUCCAAGAAUAUGCGAUGGUGUAAUAGAUUGUCCAGAUCUGUCCGAUGAAAGAAGUUGCACUUAUUGCGCUGCUAAUCAAAUCCAUUGCGGAAUCGGAAGGACCUGUAUCCAGACAAGUCAGCAAUGUGAUGGUAAAGAGGAUUGUCCAGAUGGAAGUGACGAAAGAGGAUGCUUAACAUUGCUCAGAAGUAUAAAAUCAUCACAAAAUAUACAAAAGAUAUCACCGCAUGAAAAUACGUACAGUCACGAAGGGUUUGUUAUAUUUAAUGAAAAAGGGGAAGUUGGAAAGUUAUGCGUAGAAAAUUUAAACAAAACUUUAUCGGAAAACAAAACCGAGGAGGUUUUGAGAACUGUUGCUGUAUCGUUAUGCAAAUCACUGACUUAUGAGAAUGUGAAUUCAUACCAUGUUGUUAAGAAUAAUGAAGAAAAUGUUCCUUACGUCAAGAUUAAGGAUGCAUUUGCUGACGACAUAAGUUUUCUAAAAAGCAAAUGUCCAUCAAGACAAGUCUUGAAAGUAACUUGUGAGAAUUUAGAAUGUGGUGUCCAAACUACCCAUACAAAAACCACCAGGGUGCUUCAGAAGAUGGCCAUUCACGGGGACUGGCCCUGGCACGUAGCAUUAUUUAAAGAAGACGUACACAUUUGCGAUGGUGUUCUUCUAUCUGCCAACUGGUUAGCUACAACCACUAGUUGUUUUCAAGGACAACCAAAGGCAGAAUGGAUUGCUAAGUUUGGUUUGGUUCGAUUGGCUAGCUCUUCGCCAUGGGAGCAGGAGAGACGGAUUAUCGGAAUGGUCAAGUCUCCUGUCGAAGGUAGCACAGUGGCACUAAUACGAUUAGACCAAGCAGUUUUGUUUAACGAUUUUGUUCGCCCCAUAUGUCUUCCAUCAGAAACGUUAUCCUUGUCUCCUACAGCACAAUGUAAUACGUUGGGGUGGGCGAGAAACAGAGAACAACUGCAAAGAGUGCAAGUUAAAAUAGCUGAGAAUGAAAAAUGUGAAAAUGUCAGCAUAUCCGGUGUGAAUACCAUUUGUACUGAGAGCAUCCAUGGACAAAAUGAUUGCAGUGAAGAAGAGUUUGCUGGUAGCUCUAUGGUCUGUAAAACCUCGAACGAAACAUGGACUUUGGUCGGAAUAACCAAUUGGAGAAUAGCGUGUGCUAAAAAUGGAAUGGAAAGACCCAGAAUGUACGACAAAAUCUCAUCGAAUGUUGACUGGAUACGAGAAACAAUCCACAAUUCAAAUAAUACGUGAACGUGCAUGUGCGACAGGAAUUUUUUGCCAAUAGCGAUAGUAAAAAUAUUUAAUUGUGACUCUUUGAUUGUGACAUAAUUUUUAUACUUAAUUUGAACCAGGAAAACCGCUGAAAGUGCCAAAUAUUAGUUAGUGUGUAUAAUAAACAAUUCGUGUACCUACAUUUGACAAAGGACCAAUGAUCGAAAUAGACAAUUUUGUUGACGACCAUGCAGGAAUUGUACAAAUUGUGUAAAAACUUGACAUUUUUGUUCCAAUCAGCUUGUAUAGAAUUGCUAGUAAGUAAAUAUUUUCCAUGUUUAUUUAAAAAAAUAGGUAUUAUCUUUUUAUUUUUAUAACUAGUGACAGUAGGAUUGAUUGAUAGUUAUUUUAUAAAUACCUAUGUAUGUAUUUUUGAUAUUCAAUAAAUUAAUUUGUUAUUAAAUAA